AUGGAUGAGUCACCUUUAGCCAAAAUCAAAGGAUCUAUAGAUUCGCUUCAUUCAGCUCUAGAGGGACAAAACAAAUUUGGUAUAUUUGGGAUAUACCAAAUUGACGAUGAUACCCUUUCUGAAUUAGAACAACGAGUAGACUUCGUUGAUAAUCCAACCUUGAAAGAUAGGUACCCUAUCCCUAACCCCGAUAGGUUUACCCAAAAUUAUGAUGCUACUGUUGGCUCACGCCGAGGCAGAGCGAAUUUUAGAUUAAACCAAGCUUUCACGGAAAAUCAUAAAAUGGCCACUGGUCUGAACGGAAAGAUAGACAUGAUCUACAGUGAGCUAAUGAGAAAAUUUGACGCUUUAAGUGAACACAUUAAGAGAUUGGACGGUCAACUCGCAGAAAACGCGACCGCCAUCAAAAGAGAGGCAGGUCGUCUCCCUGGGCGAAUUGACGCGAAUCCGAAACGUCAAAUUAAUGUUGUGUUACUAAGAAGCAGACGACGCCUCAACCCGAGCACAAUAGAGAUCAACCAAGCAGAAAAACGUGCUGACGUUGAGAAAACCGGUGAAAAUAGGUCACGACCAAUAAUCCUCGAUAGUCCCAACCCCGAAUCUGAAACACCUAGAGAAAGUGAGCGGUCCAACACUGAGGAUGCAGCCAUCGACCUCGAGGAGGAAGAAGAGGAGUUAGAAGAAGAGUUAGAAAUCGAUCGACAAGAAGGAACUAACAUCGAUCGACCCACAGUAGUAAAUAUCGAUCGACGCUCAACUCCUGCUGAACCGGCCGUAGAGAGAGUUUAUAAGACUCUACCGCCCUUUCCUCCUACAAAGAUGCAGACUAAGCGAGAAUUAGAUAAGGCGAUCUGUAAAAAAGCAUUCGAUAAAAUCACGUUGGAAAUGCCAUUGAGUGAUGCCAUAAAAGUUUCGUCUUCAAUAAAGAAAUAUGUAAAAGAUAUGGUAUCCAACGGCUUCCCAGCUACUGAACACAGCGUCAUGAUCGUUUCAGAGGAAGUAAGUACAAUAAUCCAAGGCGAAACCCCGGUUAAGAGACCUAAUCCGAGCAGUUUUGUUCUAGAUCGCAAUAUACGACACAAGAGGUUUCCUCGAUCCCUCUGUGAUUUAGGUUCCAGCGUAAACCUUUUGCCGCAUUCUGUCAUGAUAUCCCUGGGAUACGAAAAGUUCAAGCAUAGCAAAAUAACUUUGGUUCUUCCCAACAGAUCCGUUAGAAUACUUGAGGGAUUACUUGACUACGUGCCAAUAAAGAUUAACAACUGUCACGUACCUACGGAUUUCGUUGUACUGAAAUACCAAAAUGAACCGAAAGAUCCCCUCAUUUUAGGUAGACUAUUCCUAGCUACAGCUGGUGCGAUCACCGAUGUCAAGGAAGGUAGGAUAUGUCUAAACAUUGGAAACAUUCCGAUGACCUUCGACGUGGAAAAGCUGAUUAGACGACCCUUGAUCGAUAAAAAAACUUCCUACAUGGAUGAUAUCUCUGAGUUGGCUGAAGAAUCUUUCAUAGAUUUGUGCUCAGAUGAUCCCUCGGAGAAAGUACUUACGUCCAGUGAAGAAGAGACAUUAAGUGCGGACAGCAGAGCUGAGGAAUACACACGAUUGAUGGACGCAAGUAUGGAAGUAAAAAUUUUUGAUGACAUAGAUGAUGACGCUUCGGAAAUCAACGUUGAUCGAUAUUUGAAAAAAGCUGUCAAUCAACAACCAUCUCCUUUAGAAGAUUGGGAUUCCGAAAAAGCACCAAAGAUUGAGUUAAAGCAACUACCUGCUGGACUCAAAUAUGCUUAUCUCUAUAAAGAUUCAUACCCCGUAAUCGUGAACGCCAACCUUACCAACGGAGAACUUGUGUUGUUAUUAAACAAACUGCGGAAAUAUAGGAAAGCCCUCGGAUACUCUCUCGAGGAUAUUCCUGGUAUCUCUCCAGAUCUGUGCAUGCACCGGAUUCACCUAGAAGACGAUUCAAAAUCGUAAGUGGAACACUAAAGGCGGCUAAACCCAAACUUGAAAGAAGUUGUUAAAAAGGAAAUAAUCAAACUUCUAGAUACCGGAGUCAUUUACCCGAUUUCAGAUAGCAAUUGGGUUAGCCCCGUGCAUGCUGUACCAAAAAAGAGCGGAAUCACUGUGGUAAAGAAUGAUAAAAAUGAACUCAUCCCAACGCGAACUGUCACCGGACAUCGGAUGUGUAUCGACUAUAGGAAGUUGAACGCUGCCACAAGGAAAGAUCACUUCCCUUUACCCUUCAUUGAUCAAAUGUUGGAAAGAUUGGCAAAUCACCAAUAUUAUUCUUUUCUUGAAGGUUACUCAUGAUUUUUUCAAAUCCCUAUACAUCCUGACGAUCAAGAAAAUACAACUUUUACAUGCCCUUACGGAACAUUCGCAUAUCGCAGAAUGCCUUUCGGUCUUUGUAAUGCUCCCACCACUUUCCAACGUUGCAUGAUGUCAAUCUUCACAGACAUGAUUGAGGACUUCAUGGAAGUUUUUAUGGACGAUUUCCCUGUGUAUGGAUACAGUUUCAAAAACUGUCUCUAUAACCUAUGUAAAGUCUUGGCAAGAUGUGAAGAAAAGAACCUCUUUCUAAAUUGGGAAAAAUACCACUUUAUGGUUAACGAUGGAAUCGUCCUAGGACAUAAAGUGUCCGCUGCUGGUAUAGAAGUAGAUUGGGCCAAGAUUGAGGUAAUGACCGGCCUGCCUGCACCCACGAACGUAAAAGACGUGAGAAGUUUUCUUGGGCAUGCCGGAUUCUACAGGAGGUUCA